CGAACAUAUUCAGCAAAUGGAGGGCCUUAUACCAUUUGUGUACAAAGCCAUAGUCCAAUACAAGAAUGGUGGACAAGGCCCAAUAGGGUCAUGGGUCAAUGAAUCACCUUCUGCUUCCUACAUGAGACUUCCGGGAGAUUCAGGACGCUUCCGAACGUCGGAUAUACAAUUUUUCCGAUCGGAUUAUGGCUUCUCCACCUCUUCACCACCAUCCUCCGUCACGAAAAGAAUUGUAUCCACCGGAGCUCAAUCACCGGGGUGCCAUUUUACUUCUCGUCCUGUUGUUGCAUAAUCAUCAUGAAACGAUGAUACCAAAACUACUCCUUGCCCAAGGAAAGCCGAAGGCAUGUAUUAUAAUCAUCAAAGUUUGUCAAAUACGGUAAGUGUAAGCAGUGAACUUGUGUGUUAAUGAUCUUUAUUUUGUUUGUUUUUUAAUGGUUGUUGGUGUGAUGAGUGUGUGGAUAACCAAAGGG